AUGGGCAAAAAAAAGCGAAGUCAGGGGCAAAACGCGGAAGAAAUUUCUCCAAUACCAUCCGUGAGCACUUCGGCGUUUGUUAGACAAGUUACAUUUGAUGAAUCUUCAAAAGAACCCAGUGAAUAUUACAUAGAACCGAGCGGUAGAGGUUUAAUAACAAGUCCAUCUGUUGGAACAUUAAAUAGAUUAGAACGACAAAAAAUUGUUCUCUGGAAGAGGCCCUUUCAAACAAUUCAUUAUGCGCUUCGUGAAGUAUUACAAUUAUCAAUCGAGUUCAUCACUAACUUAUGGAUACACAAAGCUCGUAUAUUGUUCGUUUUAUUAUUAUGUGUCGUUGGGACACACAUUUGUCAUACUCCCGGCGCUCACCAACGAUACAUUCAGAGUUGGAAAGUAAAAUUAUUACGAUAUCUCUAUUGGAUAGGUUUGGGUGUAUUGUCAUCUAUUGGGCUUGGAACUGGUCUUCAUACAUUUAUAUUAUAUCUUGGGCCACAUAUAGCUUCAGUCACAAUUGCGGCUUACGAAUGUAAUUCGGUGGAUUUCCCUGAGCCACCAUAUCCGGAAAGAAUUCUGUGUCCAAAUGUGGAAGGUAUCGUAGAGACUGCAAUAGUGACAGUAUGGUCGAUAAUGUCGAAAGUACGUGUUGAAGCACUUAUGUGGGGAGCUGGCACAGCACUGGGUGAAUUACCACCUUACUUUAUGGCGAAGGCAGCGCGAAUCUCUGGUGAGGAACCAGAUGAUGAGGAGUACAGGGAAUUUCUGGCCUACAUUAAUCGAAAUGGACCGAAGGCACCCACAUUUACCGAAAAAUGUAAAGAAGUGAUGGAGAAAGCAGUCACUAGACUUGGAUUCUUCGGCAUUCUUUCUUUCGCUUCAAUUCCAAAUCCAUUCUUCGAUUUAGCUGGUAUAACAUGUGGGCACUUCCUAGUUCCUUUCUGGAAGUUCUUUUUGGCAACUCUUAUUGGAAAAGCUGUCUUCAAAAUGCAUCUUCAGAUGUUUUUCGUGGUGUUGGCUUUCAGUGAAAAUACAGUGGAGCAUCUUAUAGUUCACUUGAAAGCGAUUCCAGUGUUUGGUGUGCAACUUCAUCAGAAAUUAAUGGAGUAUUUAGCGUUUCAGAAAAUCAAGCUCCAUAAAGGUGGAGUCAUGCAUGUUGAGGACAGCACCAUGCUUCAGAAAGGUGCUUCAUUCAUUGUUACGUCUAUGAUAGUGUGGUUUUUACUUUCUAUAAUCAAUUCAUUGGCGCAAAAUUGGCAUAAACGACUUUAUAACGCAAAAAAAAAGAUGCAGUGA